AUACUAUAGAAGGAAUGGAAAAUUUGCUUUGUUUCGUUAUCCUUGCAACUCAUAACAAUUGAGUAUUUGAGAGGGGACAUAAUAAUAUAUAGGUCUGUCUGCAUUCUCAGACUUUUCAGUUUUCUCUCCAUAUCAGUAUUGAUAUUGUUUGCUUCUUUAAGCUCAUCCUUCUAUAACAAUAUUUGGAGACCAUCGUAUCCUCUACCAAAAUCUCCUAUUUUGUUAUCUUUCUGGGAUUUCCACUUUUUGUUGAUCUACAAAUCUCUGUUGGGCUUGUCUUUUUAUACAAUUUACGUUAUCCAUUACAUUUUUUCUCGCCUAUGAUUUGAGAAUUUUCUAAAAACUAUCAAUCUUUUCUACAAUGGAAGACAAUAAUACAGGAACUAAAUUCAAAAGGGUUUGUGUAUUUUGUGGGAGUAAUCCUGGUAAUAGACAAGUUUUCAGUGACGCUGCCAUUGAAUUGGGGAAUGAACUGGUGAAAAGGAAGAUGGAUUUGGUUUAUGGAGGUGGAAGUGUUGGAUUAAUGGGCUUAAUCUCUAGGAGAGUCUUUAAUGGAGGCUGCCAUGUUUUGGGUGUCAUCCCCAAAGCUCUCAUGCCUUAUGAGAUAUCAGGAGAAUCUGUUGGGGAAGUAAGAGUUUGUGCAGACAUGCAUGAACGGAAAGCAGAAAUGGCUCGAGAAGCCGAUGCCUUCAUAGCUCUUCCUGGAGGGUAUGGUACAAUGGAAGAAACUCUGGAGAUGAUAACCUGGGCUCAACUUGGAAUACACAAAAAGCCGGUGGGCCUUCUGAAUGUAGAUGGUUAUUAUGACUGUUUACUUCAACUUUUUGACAAUGGUGUGAAGGAAGGAUUCAUCAAAGCAGAUGCACGCGAUAUAGUCGUAUCUUCCCCCAACGCGGAAGAGCUUUUGACAAAAAUGGAGAAAUUUACACCUUCCCACGAGCAUAUCGCGCCCCAUGAAAGCUGGCAAAUGCAACAACUGGGUAACUAUCCAAGCCAACAAAGUGAACAUUGAUUGAUCUCCAAGAAUUGGAGGUAUACAUACAUAUAAUAUCUAGAUUGAUUGAGAUAAGAUUGCACCAUUAUUGAAGUUUGUUUUAGGAGAUAAAAGUAAGGCCUAAAAUAAGGCCAAGUUUGCCUGUUUGGUAAUGCUUUUUGCUGCUUGCUUGUAACAAAUUGGAUUUGAUAUGAUGUUUGUCAAUUGAAACUUUAUUAUUAGGUAUAAGGUAUAAGGUAUAAGGUACUUACUAUCUAUAUUCAAUGGAGUAAUGUUUUGUUUGUUGCAACUUGCAA